GCCACUUAACUGUGGACGUUGACGACAAACAUGAGACGACUUAAAAGUACACUUACCAUCAGAACCAAUCUUCGUCAAUCAAACAGCUCGAACUUAUAGCUGAAAUUACUACCAUGAUUUCAACGACCAACAGCCAUAUCAUCUAUUUGUGUACCUUUCUGGCUUUUUGUUAUUGCUACUCUUGUUCAGCUAAAGAGAAUAUCACAACCGGUGAAUUCAUCAAUGACGACAGUCUCAGUUAUUUAGAAUCUCGGGGGAAGAAGUUUCAAAUGGGCUUCUUUUCACCUGGGAAUACAUCUGAAGUAAGGCGAUAUGUGGGGAUAUGGUAUACAAUGGACCCAAAGACCGCUGUGUGGGUUGCUAAUCGUGAGAAACCGCUGCUGGAUUCCACCGGAGUUCUUACUGUUAAAGAAGAUGGUAACUUUGAGGUGUUAGAUAAAGAUUCAACUGUUUACUUCUCAACAACCAUAGAAGGAGCUCCUCUAACCGCUCUAAAGUUAUUGGAUACUGGAAAUGCAGUAUUACUAAAUGUUGCAUCAGGAAGCAUAUUGUGGCAAAGCUUUGACACUCCAACUGAUACAUUUCUUCCUGGGAUGAUAAUGAGCACAGAUAUAACGUUGACAUCAUGGAAAAGUGUAACCGACCCAGGAUCUGGAAGCUUCGAGUUUCAGCCAGAUUCAAGUACAGCACGGUAUUCUAUUUUGAAUGGGUCGACAACAUUUCUUUGGAAAAGUGGUGGGAAGAUGUCAACCGAUAGCUUUGAUGGCAACCAAAUUUUCUCCAAGGCAUUCAACUUGCUGUCAAACACCCCUCCACAAAAACGAAAUAUCAUCUUACCUAAUGGUACAAGAUCUUCCGAAACUUAUACGGUAAUUGAUCCUAAUUCAAGGUUAGUAAUGGGUCAUUCAGGGAAGUUACAAUAUUUAAGUUGGUCAGGAUCAAAUAGCCAAUGGGUUUUGGAAUGGGAGGAACCAAAAGAUGCUUGUAGCUUGUAUAAGGUGUGCGGGCCAUUUGGGAUGUGUAAGGAAAAUAAUGACUCAUCAUUGUGUAGUUGUAUGCCUGGAUUUGAACCUAUUUCACCUGAUGAUCAUACGCAAGGAUGCAGGAGAACUUCUAAUAUAUGUGACAAAAGCACUAAAGACACAUUCAUAAACAUAACUAUGAUUAGUAUGGAUGAUACAACUCUGCCCAUCUAUCAUUCAAAAAAUGAAUCAGAAUGCAUAGAAGAGUGCCUCAAAGACUGCAAUUGCCUGGCCUAUUCUUAUAGUUCUCAAAAAGAGAGAGGGAUACAGGACCCAAGUCGUGAGAAUCUCGGUUGCUGGUUCUGGGACACAGAACCAUAUAACCUUAGAGGGAAGGGUAAACAUACUAUUUCCUUCCGUGUUUCUGAAUCUUCAAAAGAAACGAGCAUCAAUACACCGUCAGAGAAACCAAAGGCUGAGAGUAAAUCAUCAUCCCCGAAACGAGUCCUUGCAAUUUCUAUUGCUAGUUCAGCUCUGGUUCUUUCAUUACUUUGCGGCAUUGGCUAUAUUACUUAUAAACGAUUGGUGAUUGGAAGAAACAAUAACAGAACUAACAGAGAGUCCCAGUCUCAUAAUAUCAAUGAGUUACUUCAUCUCGAUCACUCUAAAGAAGAUGUCAGAGAAGGCCUCGAUGUGCCUUACUUUGAACUGGAAAGCAUAGUAGAUGCUACUAACGACUUCUCAGAGGAAAAUCGGCUUGGCCAAGGUGGUUUUGGGCCUGUCUACAAGGGUAAGCUUCCUGGAGGUGAAGAAAUUGCAGUGAAGAGGUUAUCGAGCCUAUCUGGACAAGGCUUACUAGAGUUUAAAAAUGAGGUUACACUGAUUGCUAAACUUCAACACAGAAAUCUUGUUAGACUACUAGGAUAUUGCAUCAGGGGGGAAGAAAAAAUGCUACUUUAUGAGUACUUGCCAAAUAGAAGCUUAGAUCUAUUCAUUUUUGAUCAAACACUUUGCGCAUCACUGAACUGGGAAAUGAGAUUCGAUAUCAUUAUGGGAAUUGCUAGAGGACUUAAUUAUCUUCAUCAUGAUUCUCGGUUGAGGAUUAUUCAUAGGGAUUUGAAGACAAGCAACAUUUUGCUAGACGAGGAUAUGAAUCCAAAAAUUUCGGAUUUUGGUUUGGCCAAGAUAGUUAAAGGAAAAGAUAUUGAAGAUAUCACCAACAGAGUUGUCGGAACCUUUGGUUACAUGUCUCCUGAGUACGCACUUGAUGGUGUGUUCUCUAUUAAAUCUGAUGUUUUUAGCUUCGGAGUGGUAUUGCUUGAAAUCUUAUGUGGGAAAAGAAACACUGGAUUCUAUCAAGCCCAAAAGCGUAUAAGUCUUUUGGGGCAUGCCUGGAGCUUAUGGAUGGAAGACAGACCAUUUGAGUUGCUGGAUCAAACACUGAUGAAAUCAUGCAAUUCAAGUGAGGUAUUAAAGUGUAUAUGUGUCGGACUCAUGUGUGUGCAAGGAGACCCUGACGAUCGCCCUACCAUGACCAAUGUGGUUAUGAUGCUUGGAGGUGAUAUGGCCACCUUCCCAACUCCAAAAGAACCGGUGGUCAUUCCAAGAAGAGACCCUGCUACUUCCUCUUCUUCUAGUUCGUCUAAGCUGGAUACGCAAACCAAAAACAUGUUGACGAAUACAGAGGUAGUCGGACGCUAACCAAGCAUUUAGUCCGAAUAUAGUUUCUCUGAUACUUCUCCUUGCAAAAUAUGUUUUUUGAUUAUAUUUAGUUGAUAAGUAUGUAUAUGUUGUAUUUGUAAGAUGACAUCCUACAAAUACAUUUUGUAAACCUCAUCGGAUAAAUUUGUUAUAUUUGGAGGGACAUAUCACCUAAAAACUACAAAAAAUAAAAGAAAAUUUACAAAAUAAGUUCUUUUGA